UCCGUCUUUCACCGAGGAGACAACCCUGGCUCCCCACGAUGCCUGCAUGGAGUCGCGCUCGCCGGCAGACUCCGACGAGGACUCCGACUCCGGCGACGCGACCGUCCCCGCCGAUCCUGAGAAAUGGGAUCGUUCGGACGUGGUGCGGUGCGUGCGGUGGGUGGCGCGCACGUUCCGCGUGCAGGCGCCACGGCGGCACCUACUGCCCGACUCCGGCGCCGCUCUGCUCGCGCUCACCGCUGACAACUGGCUGCAGGUGUGCAACGGUGACGAGGCAGCGGCGCGCAUCUACCACGCGUACCUGUUGCACGCACACGCCAGCGCCACGGGCCAGCCGCCGCCGCCGCCUCUGCCCGAGCACCAGGCGUCCUCCAGCGCGCCCGCUGACUACCAUGGGUACACGGCGCUGAGCGGCUGCGCCCGCACCAGCGGCGGUCAGGUGCAGCUGUGGCAGUUCCUGCUGGAGGAGCUGGCGUCAGGAGCGCCUGGGAUCUGUUGGGAGGGUCCUCCCGGAGAUGGUGAGUUCCGCCUGUCCGAUCCCGACGAGGUGGCUCGACGCUGGGGCCGACGCAAGCAGAAACCCAACAUGAACUACGACAAACUGUCCAGAGCGCUGCGGUACUACUACGACAAGAAUAUCAUGAGCAAGGUGCAUGGCAAGCGGUACGCGUAUCGGUUCAGCUGGGCGGGCCUGACGGCGGCGUGCCAGGCGCAGGCGGCCGACGCGCCGCCCUACUGGCACUACCUGACGCCGCCCCCCGCGCACUCCCCCGCACCACCGCCCCCGCACCCCUCGCCGCACAACAACGGACACUCGCAGCCGCCCGCCACCACGCAGUGAACAUCUAUUACACUUAGGAAAAAUCAACAGAAUACUUACACUCCAUGGAGAAGUUAAGUGACAAUUGUAUCUGUGAGUACAUUUCUCUGCCUAGAAAUGCAGUUGUCUCAAAUUAUCCGCUCUUUAAACAUUACAUUUAAGAAACACUAUUUUUUUGUGUAAUAUUUCCAUAAUUAGUAUUCAAAUUGUAUAUUUAACUGAUCUGUGAUUAUUCAUGCAAGAUUUAGAAGAACAAUAUUUUUUCCUAAAAGUGUAUCAUAAAAUCAAAAUAUUCAUAUAAAUGAAAUGGAUUUGUGAAGUUCAUAGAUAAAUAUGAAAAAUGUUUGCAUUUAUUCUUAAAACUAGCUUUUGCUCGCGGCUCCGCCCGCGUUAUAAACUUUU